AUGCGUCAAUCAAAAAAUUGUAGUCGUCGUUCCUCUUCAGUAAUUCCUAAAAAAAUGGAUUCAGCAGUUGUAUUGUUUGAAGAUGUUAAAGGAAAAGAGAAGGGAAACGACGAAUAUGAUUCAUUCCUUUGCGAUAAUGACAAUGUCAUAGACCACCCUCUGAAAAAAGAUAAAAUCUGUCAUUUUGAUAAGAUCCCUUUGGAAAUUAAAGUUAAAAUUUUCAAAUGUUUGGAAAUCGAUGAAAUUGUUAGGAUAUCUUUAGUUUGCCAUGGUUGGCAUGAACUUGCUUAUGAUGGCUCAUUAUGGUCGGAAUUAAAUUUGGUAUCAUUUUAUCGAACGAUAUCUGCAGAUCAAAUACUUCGACUGAGUAAAGCUGCUGGAGGUUUUCUAAAAGUUGCAAAUUUUCGAGGGUGUGUCCAACUUUCCUCACCUCAUCUAAAAGAAUUGGCUCCGUAUUGUCCAAAUAUCCAAACUCUUCAACUUUCCGGUUGUCGCAACCUUGAUAAAGAUUCCAUUAACACCCUACUUUCACAUCUAAAUAAUCUCGAAGUCUUGGAUUUAUCUGGAUUGAUUGUCGUCAUUAAUCUGACAUGCAAUACACUUUCCAAAAAAUGUAAAAAGUUGAAACAAGUUAAUCUUAAUUGGUGUCAAAAUAUAAGUUCGAGAGGAAUAGAAAAUUUGGUAAAAGGAUGUCAAGAAUUGAUUUGUUUAAAAAUUAAUGGUCUUUCAAAAGUUUCUGAACAAAUGAUGAUAAACAUAGCAUCAUUACCAAAUUUGAAAGAUUUAUCAAUGAAAUUAUGUCCGACGUUAAAUGAUGAGCAUAUUUCAACUUUCUUCAAUAAUCAAUCAUUGCCAUCUUCUUUAACACAUAUAGAUUUAUCCAACAAUCAACUUUUAACUGAUGAUACUUUAAAAGAAUUAGGAAAUUCUUGUCCGGAUCUUACACAUUUACAAGUUAAUGAAUGUACAAAUUUCACGGAUAAUGGAUUCAUAUACAUCUCAUCAAAGUGUACAAAACUUGAAGUGAUUGAUUUAGAAGAUUGUCCAUGUAUUAACGAUGAAGUUCUUCGAUCAUUCGCCGCUUACCUUUCAGAUCUUAAAAAGAUUUGUUUAAGUUAUUGUGAGCUUAUUACAGAUGAUGGUGUAAACACUCUUUUACAACAAUGCACAAAAAUAUCUCAUAUUGAUCUUGAUCAUUGUCAAUUGCUAACCGACGCAGUUUUACAUAAUCUUUCUUUAUUAUUGAAUGAAGGUAGGGUUGAUUACAUGGAAGUAGAAAUAUAUGAUUGUCGUAAUAUUUCUAUUUCAGCGGUUAGGGAAACUGUAAAAAAAGCUACAGAUUAUGGUGUAUUACUAAAGCUUAAAGGAUAUUAUUCGUGGCAGGCUAAUAGUAAUACAGAUUCCGAUGAUGAUGAUAAUAGGGGAAGAAAUGGUGGAUCUAGUUGGGUUAGAAAUAAUAGGUUCAUCAGACGAUUCACUAGUACAAAUGGUGUUUCAUUGAGAAGUCAUUUAGGUGCAGCAAUUCGUUCCAGUAUUAGAAGUACUAACAGAGACAAUAAUAGAGUUGGAAGGAUGAAUUUUACGGUUAGAGGAGGUAGAAGUUGUAUUAUUUUGUAA